AGAACAUCAUAAGUUCUACUGAACAAAUAAAACACAACAUCAUCAACUAUAUUCAUAAAUAUGGAAAUAAAACUCUUUUUUUCCGCAGUUCUAUUGGUAUUUUUACCAUUCUUGGCGUAUCACGCCCAAGCUGUCACAGUAUUCGAUAUCUCAAAAUACGGUGCAAAACCCGGCGGUGAAGACAUCAGCCCGGUUCUAGCUAAGGUGUGGAAGGAAGCAUGUGAAGCAACAAAUGCAAGCAAAGUAUUGAUUCCAAAAGGGACAUGGUACCUUAGCCAAAUUAGAUUGGUCGGCCCGAAUAAGGCUCCAUUGGAGCUUGAAGUACAAGGCACCGUUGAAGCCAAUCCCGAUUACACUAAAUUACCCCAAAAAGAUGGUCAAUGGAUUACUAUCAAUUAUCUCGAUGGCUUCACCAUCUCCGGUGGCGGUGUCUUUGACGGAAAGGGCGAACAAGCAUGGAAGGCUAACGAUUGCCACAAGAAUCCAAAUUGCCCCAAACUCCCCAUUAACCUUAGCUUGAAUUUCAUCAAGAACGCCAUAAUCAAAGAUGUGACCACAAAAGACAGCAAGAAUUUCCACUGCAAUUGCAUAUCGAGCCAAAAUGUGACUUUCCAAAGGUUCACAAUCAGCGCACCAGGCGAGAGCAUCAACACAGACGGGAUCCACAUCGCCAGAGUAUCGAAUGUCAAAGUACUCGACUCCAAUAUAGGAACAGGAGACGACUGCAUUUCUAUUGGAGAUGAGACCACUGAUCUCCACAUCGAGAAUGUCAAAUGUGGGCCCGGUCACGGCAUCAGUGUUGGAAGCAUGGGUAAGAAUCCGGCAGAGAAGGACGUCACCGGAAUUACAGUAAAGAAGUGCACAUUCACCGGAACAAGCAACGGCGUGAGGGUGAAGACAUGGCCCUCUGCACCGGCAACCCUAAAAAUAUCGAAUCUGCAUUUCGAGGACUUGACAAUGAACAACGUCAGCUAUCCUGUAGUCAUUGAUCAACAAUACUGCCCAUGGAAUCUCUGCACCAAAGACAAACCAUCGUUGAUCCAAAUCAGCGGAUUGACGGUGAAGAAUGUGAGGGGGACAGCGAACACGAAGGAGGCGUUGUUAUUUUCUUGCAGUUCAAGCAAGCCAUGCCAGAAUGUUCAGAUUAGUGAUAUUGAUCUUAAAUAUGUCAACUCAAUUCCCGCCAAUUUCACCACCGUUUGCGAGAAUGUGAAGCCCACUGUUUCCGGAAAGCAGAACCCGCCAAUUUGCCCACCCCCUGUUCAGGCUUCUUAAUUCCUUCGUGUACAUGCAUGCACAAAUAUGGAGUCUUGAUUUUCUUUUCUUUUACUAUAUAUAAUUAAUGUGAAAUAAGUAAAGAGAUGAUGAUGAUGAUCUAUCACGUAUUCAAUUUUAGGAAUUUUGAAUAGGAAUUUUGAAUAGGAAUUUUGAAUGUGUGGUCUGUUAUGUAUAUCAUAUAUGCUCGAUCAUUGAGUAAAUCAUUUUUGUAUUGUGGUGUUCACACCUGGAAUAAAAUAAAACAUUUGUUUUAUUUUAUUUAAAUGAAAUCAUAUUUGAGCUUGCAAGAGUUGCAGUCUAUUAAUUCAUGAAUUUAGUUUUCCAAUUAUUUUUAAGGGUGAAUAGCAAUUAACCCAUUUUGAUUACAUGUUUUUGCGGAUAACCCUUAUUCUCUAGUAAUAUAAGUUAUAAGCCCCAAAUAAAGUUUUCAAUUACCUAAAUACCCUUUAAAUUAUAAAUUUCAAAAAU